CUCUGACUUGACACUUGUUCUCCCCGCGUUCAUCCAGGUUCGACCGAACGGUGCGCCGGUAUCCAACACGGAAGCUCAAGUGUUGGUCGCUAGCUCGGUAACUGAUCGCGAAGAAUUGUCGUACUUAUUUUCAAUUGCAUUGUCCGAGGAAUUGGGUGGUUCUGAACGUCCAACAUGUGCUGCGCCGGAUACACCUGCUCCAAACAUUUACUCUGCGUCAUCAACAUCUUGUACAUGAUGGUUGGUCUUCUGAUGAUCGGCAUCGCUGCAUGGGGCAAGUGGUUCGGUCUGGUCUCCAGCUUCCAGGUAGUGGGAGGAGUCAUCGGAGUGGGGGUCUUCCUCUUCUUUGUGGCUCUUGCCGGACUGGUGGGAGCAAUGAAGCACCACCAGGUCCUGCUGUUUUUCUACAUGAUCAUCCUGUUCAUGGUGUUUAUUGUGCAGUUUGCUGUUUCCAGUGCAUGUUUGGCCAUUAACCGUCAGCAGCAGGAGGAGCUGCUGGAGGUCAGCUGGAAUAACUCCCCCAACACCCAGAGAGAUGUCGAGAAGAACCUGAACUGCUGUGGCUUUAAGAAGGUGGAUUUCAACAGCACCUGUGCUGCAGCCUGUUUCCCGAACCGUGCAUGUGUGCCAUGUGCAGACAAGAUUCAAGCCCAUGCUGGGGAAGCACUACAGUUUGUGGGUGGGAUCGGACUCUUCUUCAGUUUCACUGAGAUCCUGGGAGUGUGGCUCACUCAUCGCUUCAGGAACCAGAAGGAUCCAAGGGCAAACCCCAGUGCCUUCCUUUAAACCCCCACUUUACCUCAUAGGUUUUUUUUUAACAUCUUGGAUGACAGAAGGAUCUGCUUUUACAUUCUGAUAUGGAUUAAUAAUGUGAUAUGGAUUUGUGCUGCUGUGAGAACGGAGAUAUGCUGGUGUUAGCCAAGAGCCGCCUCAGCUCACUGCAUAACUACAUGUGAGCGACACUGUGUGUUUGUUUGUAUAUAUGUGUGUGUGCUUGUUUUACCUUUUGCUUUAGGGGCUUUUCACACUGUGGGUUCUGUCUCGGGCGGCCUGGGUCCGAUUCUCCCCCUUUACUACCCGGCAUUUAACAUGUUUGUGUGGAGUCGCGCUGUACACGUAGUCUCUGGCAUGUAGCGCAGUUGCCUGAGGCAAGAAGCUCACCACCCGUGGAGAGUUUCCCGAGACAAAGUGCAGGUCUCUUGCCGGGAUCAGGCCAAAACCUGACUCGCUUGUGUUCACAUCUUGGACUUGUGAACUGAAAGAGCUUAGUCUCCAGACAGAACCUGCAAUGUCAAAAGCCCCUUACAUUGUCACCAACACUGACAUCAACUAAUACAAUUAGAAAGAAGAAAUUAUGUGUUUUCAUUUCGUGUAUGCAAAACUGAAAGUUCAAUAGAAUUUCGUUUUCAUGUACUACCAUGAAAUGCAUUGUGAUUCUCACGAGGUCCUCAUACGUGGGUCACACGCAGCUGCCAUCUUGUGACGUCACUGGAGGCACCAAGCAACGGUGCACUGUGCACUGAAACGUCCAAAGUAGUGGCGAUAUCAGUGAAUAAUGAGGGAUUUGCCAGCAUUUUUUUAGAAAGAAGAGCAGAUUCAUGUAGCGAAGGACUGAACGGUAACAUAAGGAUAAUGUAAAACUCUCUUCAGAAGGGUCAGCAGUUCAAAACAUUUAAUGUAUGUAAUGUAAUUUUGUGUAAGCAGUAGGACUUGCUCUGCCUUUUACCGGUGAGUAUCGACACUUCCUCACCAAUGAUAGCUUGCUGUUUGUUUAUAUUUUGUUUCUGGUGGAGGCAAACUUUCAGGGCAAAAUAAUCCUGCAAAGCAGCAAAACCCAGAUAGUUGCGACUUGUCCCUCAUUCUUUAAACUUGCUUCACCAAUUUCUGAUGACGCUCUUCGUCUUUUGGUUUGAGGAACAGGCUUCCAUGCUCACUGGCACCAUUAGAACAUGCAGUUGUCAUGCAAUGGUUUGGCGUUUCCCCUCUGAUACUGAAGCUCAGGAGCUUUUUGACCUGCAUUCCAAAGGUGUGCCGACAUCCUGUGACGUCACCAAGGCUUGAUACCGGCUUUGGCUUUGAUUUACUUAGAACUGCUACAUGUUGCAUAUUUAUGCAUCUUUCCAGAGGUGUGUCAAUGAUACUCUAAAGACCCCCCAAACAGAAUCACUGUGUUUAUGCAUGUUGGUCCCCUGAUGGAAAGACACUUCGACAAUGCAUUCUUCACUUCCACAAUCUUUGUUGUAUCUUGAUAAAGCUGUAUGAAGUAAUAACUACAGCUGUGUUUGUGUGUUUUGGCUUGUUUAGAUUAGCUCUCGUGUUUCUUUUUUUCAUCCCUAACUAAACAAACACAACCCCUUUCCCAGCAGACAAAAGUGGUCCUCUCAAACCAGUCCUUUUAUCUACAAGUUAUACAUAAGAGCCCACCCCCAGAAUUGUUUUCAACAUUCACUCAUUCAUUACUGAGAAUCAACAGAUCAGCAGAUUUCAUUUUUCUGACUGUUCCCUGUUGUUGAUAAUGAAGUAUUUCAAACUUCUGGCUUCUACACUGUGAAUUAGCCUUUGCUCCUGCUAUGUUCUUCAUGUUUCCAUCAGUGCUUUCAAAAUGUCCAUUAAACUGACUUAUGCUAACUUGAUGAAUCCAGGAUUUGUUGUCACAAAUGUAUGAUGUGUCAAAAGUUCACCACAUUCUUCAGUAAUGUCUCUCAGUCAAAGAAAAGGGGAAAAGGUUUCGAUCGCCUUCUCUCUUCAAACUAUCUCAGUUGUUUUCACACUCUCCACACUCUUCAGCCAUUUGUGUUGCCAUAAGCGUCUCCAACAAGAAAACACUACUGCAGUUCUGAAGUAGAAUGCACAAGUUUUGCAUCUAGAUUUUAAACGGUGCCAGCAACAUUUUUCAUUCAUUUGAUUUGUGAUUCUUUGUACAUGUUUCUACUGCUAUGCCGUUUUGCCAUCUUGCUCGAACUGUGACAAGGCAAAACAUCAGCCCCUAAAGUGGCACUGCUCUGACUCAAAAAUAACUACACAGCAGUGUAGUAGUUAUCAUUGCAACACACUCAAUCGUCGGAGGGAAUAACAUCAGAAUCCUUUAGCUGGGAAUAAACCUUUUAUAUUUAUUCAAAAGACACUUGACAUGGACAGCAGUAAUAACAGGAGAUGGGAAGAAUGAGUUGAAUUUCUGUCAUGGUGGAGUUUACAGCUCAGACUUGAGCAGCUUCUUUGCCUUCUGCAUGUUGCUGAUCACUGAGAAGAGAGAGAGAGAGAGAGAUUAGAAAGUGUCAGGAACCCAAUAACAACAACCAUCAUGUCCCGCACUUACAGAGUUUGAUGUCAGUCGGCUCAUAGGCGUACAUCCGGUUGGCAUAGCGACCCACAAUGUCAGCCCUGACAGUCAUGGCUGGGUCUGCGGAGAGACAGUGAAUCAGCCAGGACCAUGGAAUAUAUAUUACUGGAAAUUCUGUGAAUUAUUAUUGUAACCUGCACCCAAGAUGUAGCUGUUGUAAAUCAUGUUGCUAUGAGUCAAAAAAAAGGUUCUUACCAACAAAGAUGAUCCUGGGAACGUACUGACCAUCAGGAGACAGAUGUUUGUCGGUGGUUUCAUACUGUGGCAAAAAGAGACAGGUCACAUCAGACACUACUGAGCUGGGGCAUUUUGCAGUGAUGCUAGACAGACAGUCUGUAAGGCUGGUUCUAACUCAGGUGUAAUCAAACUGAAACUGUCAUAAGAUGAAUGAGUGAUAGGGAGUUAAAGGAAGACGCUACCAUCAAGUUGAUGACGACAAAGUCUUCAUCCAGAAUUUUCUGCAGCUCGUUGUCCUCAGCAAACACCUUCUUCAGAGCUGCAGCAGAAACAUGUUGCAGUCAACAACAGACCCACCUGCUAAUUCUGUGAAUGAUCAUCUCGCUCCAAGAAAAGAUUUUCAGGAUUUGCCAUGAACUGUAAAUGUAUCCUUUACUUAUUUACAUUUUCUUCUGUCUUCUAUUCUAGUGUUUAUCCUUACCCUGAAUAAUAAUGCAAACUCAUUUCCCCGCCAUAUUUUUUACAAGUAUUAUAAUGCUGUAUGUGCAUUUCACUUGUUUUUAAUACACCAAACUAUCACUGUUUUAAAGUUGAAGAGUGUUCACUUCCACCUGUCAUAUCUAUAUCAAUAGACUUCACAGCAGAAAUUUGUUAUUACUUUAUGUUCCAGUUUCAUGUU